AUGGUGCCACCUAAAACCAAGAAGGAGGUCCAGAAAUUAACAGGUCGUGUUACAGCCCUCAACAAGUUUAUGUCCCGAGCAGCCGACAAAUGGUUUCCCUUCUUCAAAGUCCUCAGGGAAAAUCGAAAUUUUGAAUGGGAUGAGGAAUAUGAAAGGGCUUUUCAUGAACUUAAGAAAAUGCUGGCAUCUCCUCCUAUCCUCACUAAACACGAGCAUGGUGAUACUCUGUAUUUAUACUUGGCCGUAUCCCAGAAUGCAGUAAGCGGUGUGCUAGUGAAAAGUGUUAACAAAGCCCAGCAACCCAUAUACUACGUCAGUAAGGUCUUGCUCGAUGCAAAGACAAGAUAUACUUUAGCAGAACAACUUGCUCUUGCAUUGGUUGUGGUAGCACAGUUACUAAAGUGGGCAAUUGAACUGGGAGAAUUUGACAUCGAGAAUAAAUCCCGACCAUCUAUCAAGGCACAGGCCUUGGCUGACUUUAUUGCAGAACUCACCCCAAGGCCUCGGGGGCCAGGGGAUAACUCGGACAAUCGUAUUUCAGACACUUGGAACAUCUUUGUUGAUGGAGCAUCCAAUUCGUCAAGUUUCGGAGCCGGGGUCAUCAUCACGAGCCCUGAUAAACUCGUGGAUAUUCAAUGCGCACUCAGGUUUGAGUUUGAAGCUACCAACAACGAGGCCGAACAUGAGGCCAUCAUUAUCGCCCUUGAGCUCGAGCAUAUUAAAAUUUUCAGCGAUUCUCAGCUUGUGGUCGGCCAGAUAGAAGGUACGUUCGAAAGGAAGGAAGAGAAGAUGAGUUUGUAUUGUCUAAAAGUCCAUGAUCUCCAGCGACAAUUCAAGAGUUGCGAAAUCAUAAACAUUUCGCGGGCUGAUAACGGUAAAGCUGAUGCAUUAUCUAGACUGGUAUUCAUGGGAAUUGAUGGGCUAGAGAGGACAGUCCAUGUGAAAUUGGUAAUGGAGCCUAGUAUCACUCAUGGAGUUGGAGUCAUGGACAUUGAUCAUGAGCCAUCAUGGAUAGACCCAAUUGUAGAGUUCAUAAAUAAUGGAAAUCUACCUGAGGACCCCAGAUUGUCGAGGAGUAUAAAAUCUCGAGCAUCUAGGUACUGCAUGAUUGGAGGAGUACUAUUUCGAAGAAGUUUCACACUUCCAUAUCUCAGACGCCUUAAACCCUCAGAAUCAUCCCGAGCUCUAGCUGAAGUUCAUGAAGGUGUAUGUGGGAAUCACCAAGGAGCUCGGGCCUUGGCCUUCAAGCUUAUAAGGUAUGGGUACUACUAG